CAUUAUUUAUAUAUAUAUAUAUAUAUAUAUAUAUAUAUGGAUGGCUAUUUUGUAGUAGAUAUUUGGUGCUGACGUGGCGUGUAUCAAAUAAGUCGCAACAAAUGAACACCAAAACGAUGCGUCUCCCUCCCCGACGGGUAUCCGAUUCUAUGCCCAACAACAACAAUAAGCGCAAAGAGAGAGACGGUUUUGACCUCACACAGUUAACCCCUCCUCCGCCCACAAAACCGCCCAUGCUACCCAACCAGCUUCUCGCCGGAUACCUCGCCCACGAGUUCCUCACCCGCGGGACGCUCCUCGGCCAGCCAUGGGACUCGACACGACCGUUGCAAACGGCCGCCGAAUCCAGGAUGACAAUCGGAGGAAAAGCCGAGCCGAUGGAGAGAUCCGCGACGGGUGACGCCGAGCCGGAUCCGGAGCCGAGGGAGGAGAACAAGCGUCAAAGAUACGUGGAAGUGGCGAGUUUGCUGAAGACCGAUGGGACCCACGUUCCCGGCAUCGUCAACCCGAGCCAGCUAUCUCGUUUCUUAGAGAAGUAAGGUUGGUUUUUCUUUCAUACGUGGCGACAUCUCAUUGGACGUAGGUUCCCCCCCCCCCAAGUGCCAAAGUUCCAACAACGAGAUUGAAUUCUUGUUAGAGCAUUCUUCGAUUUCUUCUCCGUCUUUGCUCAUACCGGAGAUGUUCUCGGUGGCAUAUGCGUAGCCAUAACUUAUAACUCGUAAGCACAGCUCUUUAGUUUCCCUUUUCUUGUUGUGCAUUUGAUGUUUUCGCCUAUGUUCUUAAUGAACAAUUCAAAUGAUAAUUCCGGAAUUUCAUA